GCUUGGCCGGACACGGGAGCACACUCGUUAUUUUGACCGAUUAAGGCUGCUUUCGAAUCAGUGGUGAUCUGUCAACACAUUUGAAGUCACAUUCAACUCACGACCAGGGAUGUACUACAUUCUCUGCCUCGUCAUUUUGGCUUCUGCCACCUCGGGGCAGUGCCAGCCUAAACGUGAUGGUAGGAAUGGCUACCUUUCUAAAUUCGGCCUGACGGAAGCUGAGGCCAGGAACCUUGUCGAUCUCCACAAUGAGUGGAGGAGGAAAGUGAAUGCUACAAGCAUGAAUAAGCUGGAAUGGGACGACGACUUAGCAACAGACGCGAUGACCUGGGCGAAGAUGUGCAGCUGGAGGCAUGGCCAGCCCUCCAAACCUGCCUUCACAUUAGGAAGAGUGGGGCAGAAUCUUGGCUAUACAACCAAGUACAACGUAGACAAACGACAUUCCUUCGAUAUCUGGGUCGAUGAGCUCAACUAUUACAAUUUCACAGCAAACCUUUGUUAUUUCCCACCCUGCGGGCACUACAAACAGGUAAUGUGGGACAGCUCCAAGAAAAUUGGAUGUGCUUUCCACGUGUGCGCACAGAUGUACACUAAAGACGGAGAGCCUCUGGAUGAAAGGGCGAGCUACCUCGCGUGUAACUACCACCCAUGGGGUAACAUUCCGGGCGAAAGGCCAUAUACACCGGGUGAGCCAUGCAAGACCUGUAACUACUGCCAGGAGAAGCUAUGUACUUCUCGUGAGGUCUUCACGAGUGAUCUCCAGACGGCUGUUUGUAAAAAGAAGUGCCAUCACUGUGGGACGUUGACGUCGGAUUGUAAAUGCGAAUGUGUCGAUGGAACCCAUGGUGACGAAUGCGAGUAUCUGUGCAGAGACAGGAAAGUUGAAUGUGCCUGGUUUUCCAGGAGUAAAUGUGCAGAUGGAACAAGCAAUGGAAAGGUUGUCGACGAUUUCUGUGACGUCUUGUGCGAAAAAUGCAAACGUAACACCAACACUUCAUGGACUUGUGGGAACGAAACUUACCAAAACACGUUUGUAAAAUACGCUAGUUCUCCUCAGUACGGCUACAGGACACAAGAUGGCAAACAGUGCGCCUUCCCCUUCCGCUACAACGGAGAAUACCACAACAAGUGCUUGCCUUACAAGAACAGCACCUGGUGCUCGCGAUCCACCAACUAUGACAUCUAUAAGACACAAGGAACCAACUGUACCAUUGUCAGGACGACAGACGGGAAUGCUGAUGGUGCAAACUGUGUCUUUCCAUUUAAGUACAAAGGCGAGUAUCUUGUUUACUAUCUGGCUAAUUUUAUUGUACAGCAAAUUGAACAUUAA